UUUUGACUUUAAUAUCUUUGUUUGGUUACUAUGUUGCUCUCUAUUGUGCGGAAAUCGGCAGCUGCCAAAAGCUUCAAGCCCUUUUUUGACCGCAUUCUUGUCGAGCGUCUUGCACCUGAAACAAAGACUAAAGGAGGGAUUAUGAUUCCUGAAAAGGCGCAAGGCAAAGUGCUUGAAGGGACUAUUGUUUCUGUUGGCCCUGGUUAUCGAACUGAAGAUGGAAAGACUUUGCCAAUGCAAUUGAAUGUUGGCGAUAGAGUUCUUCUUCCGGAAUAUGGUGGCAACAAAGUUAUUUUGGACGAUAAGGAAUAUCACAUUUUCCGCGAAUCUGACAUUAUGGGAAAAUUUGAAUAA